AUGAAUGAAAAAAUCAAUGAUUUCGGAUCCGUCGUGGAAAAGACGUUGCAGAAUGUAAUCGGUCUCGAACUUGACGAAAUCUCAAGCCAGCAGCGGAGGGUAGAACAGCCCACCUCGGACGGCGCCAGCACCCGCAACAACGGCCGCCUUCAAUCAAGACAGCAAACCCUCGAGCAGAUGCGAUCAACCCUCAACGACGCCCUCGGCCGACUGCAGGGACCGAGUUUCAAUUCUCCCCGGGUAAACCGGGCCUGCUUCCCCUUUGUGAUUCUCCCCCAAGGCCCAACGACCGAGGUCGAGAACGUGGUGGCUCAGAUAUGCCUCGACUCCAUGUCCAUGGAUAACUGGGUUCGAGCAGACGUGCUGGCGCGCUGUGGCGUCGUUCCCAUCCCGCUGGACGAGGACGACGAACGCCGGGAGAAAGUCUAUGUCGGCGCGGGCGGUGGGCAGUUUACGUCGCAGGGGAAAGUGACCCUCACGUGGUAUUCGGAAAACCAGGCGCGAACUCAAAUUACCGACAACUACAUUUUGUCGAGCAUGGAUGCGAAUGACUUCGACCAGCUGCAGCAAAUCCAACGAAACAAUCACGCCUCCAACGAAGAACAAAUCAUGCUAGAAAAGGCACGGCAGAAGAAGGCCCGAGACGAUAAGCGUCGUUUCAAGGCCGCCUCCAGGGCCACUACGCCGAGUGGGCUGAGAAGCCCCUCAUCCAUGUACGGCGGGCCUUCGCUAGCAACCACGCGACCCGGUAGCAUCAUCGGCAUCUCUCCUCAAACAGCGACUGUGCAAGUCAUGGCUCAGCGCGGUUCAGGACUCGCGCAGGCUACAGCGAAAGCUCUUCUUCGCGCCAAUCUCCCGCCCCGAGACGGGCGGGACGCGGACCCGAACCCCCUUCUCCAACACAAAUUCCCGGCCUUUUUCAACACGGGCUUACGAUCAAGGAUCAUCCGCGAAGAGGCCCUACAGAACUUCGGUGGCGCGAAAACCAAGGAUAAGAACGUCACCGCGCAGAGACUCAAGGCUCUGUUGUGCAAGGGCGCGAGUUGGCGGCGCAUGUAUCCCGAAGCGCCGAUAAGCUACAAGAUUGGCGUCCUCGACGUUCCCGAAGGGGUGACCAUGGGCAAGUUGUACGAUUUCGCGUAUAGCAUGCACCUGGGUCGCGCGAUGGAGGGCGGCUGGCGAGGCGCUCUGCCGAGCACGAAGAAGAAGUUGAAGGCGCGGUAUAUGCCGGCGGAAUUCGAACUUUGCACGAUCAACCUCGAGUUUGCGUCUGCUCAGGAUUUGUUCGGUUGA